CCGCCCUGACCUGCCCCGCGCCUCCCGCCCCGCCCUCAGCGCCCAACGGCCGCCGCGCGAGACCCGCCCGCAGCCGUUGCGCACGCGCCGGGCGCCUGACGGGGCCUGUGGGGGCCAUGGCGCUGCGGCUGCUGCGGGGCGCGGCGGGGGCGGCCAGGUCAUCGGUGCUUUGCAGCUCUCUGAGGAGCACCAGCUCUAACACAGGAGGAAGACCUGAACCCGCUAAGCAGCCACUUAAGAAACCAAAGUUACCAGUAGGUCGAUUUGAUGAACCAGAGGAGUCCAGUAUAGAGAGGGAACCCCUGGAAAAGUUCCCUGAUGGAAUCAAUCCUACUACAAAAGAGAGGGGUGGACCUAAAGGCCCUGAACCGACACGUUUCGGAGACUGGGAGAGGAAAGGACGUUGUAUAGACUUUUAAUGUGUAGAUGCAUCAAUAUUGCUAAUAAUGUUCCUAUGAAAAAUACAUCAUGGAUAGAAAAACCUUGACUAGAUCUGCUGUGAAGCUUCUUGUUUCUGUCAUGCUUGUGAUGAGUUUUCUGAAAGAUAUUUUAUGUAAAUAAACACAAUAACAUACCAAUUUUGGGAGCUGCUACUUGUAUGCACACCUGAUCUUCUAUAUUUAUCCUAUGCCAGUAUGAAUGCAGGCACAGCGAUGUGGAGGUGGCAGAAAAGAUAGAGAUGUCUGUGUGCAAAACUGGCUAAAUGCUGCUUGGGGGAAAAAUGACAUUUUCUCACACCUUACGUCAAAGGUGAGUAUUAGAUAAGAUCUUAGUAUUGCAGGCCUUUAAAUAUCGCUAAGGUACCUGGCAUGGAGCUGAACACCUUUCAGUCAGAUUGAACUCAGUCACUUGUUCAAGAAUUUGCCUGGUCAUAAAAUAUUUCAGUAGAGUGUGAGCCUGCUGCUUCUUUAUUAUUAAUGUGAGAAUAAGGUGGCAUUGUUAAAACAUCUGAACAUACUAACGCGCUAGGUAUUUGCUGUGGAAGCUCUUUUUGGUAGACUAGACAAACUGAUUUUCUCUAGUCCUCAACAACGGAAAGUGUUUGUUCAUUUUUUUUCAUCCCUUCGUGUUUCCUUCUCUGUGCUUUGCUGAUUUCCCGACCUCUGCCCUUUCGCUCUAUGCUCCCUGGCUUAUACGCUCACAAUUUCUAUUACCUGCUUUCGCCAUAGCAUCACAAUGGGCAUUAAAACAUUAAAUAAAGGGAGUUGGAGAGCACAGUGGAGUCUUCCAUUUUAUGGCCUAAAUUUCUCUUUCCUACACAGAUCUUUUUGUGCCUUUGGCUAUGCCAAAGCAAGUUCAACCUGAUUGAAAAUCAGCUUCAAUCAUGAUUUAUGUUGUUCUGCGUUAACUCAGGCUCUGUAAGAAUGUACCAAUUCAUCCACUUUUACCUCUUGUAUGAUUUUAUUGAAGCACCAAAAUGUGUCCUUGUACAGAUCAGUAAAACCUCCCUAAAAACCCACCUGACCUCCAAAUCUGUCAGUUUGAGUGUGGAUUUUAUCAAUGUAGUAUCAUGCUAGUUGUGGAUUAAGAUGUUGGAUUCACUGCCACGAUGCCCUACAAAAGUAGGGUAGUAGUGUCUGUUUGGUUAGGUUUAUCAAUCAAAUACCUCGCUGAAGAACAAAAUUAGGUUUAUCGAAGCCUAUUUUUUUUAUAAAAGAUGUUAACUAGUAGCAGUUGUAUUUUUGAUCCCUUAAUCUUCUAUAAGUUCUGCAGCAUUGCUUGGAUAUUGGAAAAUCAGUCUGUAUUUACCUGAGUCACUCUUGUCCUUCUGUAGUACAGCAGAUACAUAUUCCCAAAAUCUACUGAUUUUUUUAAGUUACCUAAAAAUGCACUGGGUAAACUUAUUUAAUAUAUGGUGUUUAUUAAAAUGUCUAUUUCUAGUGUUGCUUUUCCUCUUCAGUCGCUAGUAGAGGGGAAAAUACAUCAUCACCUAACACACCACCUACUUCUCACAUACGAAGUAGAAAUUCUAAUUGGAAAUUUCUGCCUUUUCUGCAUCAUUAUCAAUAGGCGUAACAUCUUAAUUAGUGAAGAGGCAAGAACACUGCUGCAGUUAUUUUACUUCAGUAUUCUGAGCUACCCUUCUUACCCGUGGAUUGUUGCACAAUUUCAUUAUCUCUUGCCAGAUUUUGCCUUUCCCAGCACAAGCUCCGUGAAUGUUUAUCUUGUUCCACUUCUUGGUGUUCGUGAUAUUCAGUUCCAAUUGCUGCCUUCGUCACAGACAGGUUUCUGGCUGCAGCUACGCUUCUCUCUCAUUAAAGAGCAGCACUUUUUGUCUGGCAUAUAAAAAUCGUCCUUACCUGCCUGUGGUUUUCUUUAUUUUUCUGUUGUUACCUUUGUGAUUAAGAGCUAGAUCUACCGAUGUCUUUUUGCAAAAUGGAUAUCCCUGUGUCAGAAGUUGCGAUCCAUCCCAUUUGUUGCUAUUCUUGAGGAAAGUGAAAUUGCUUGGUUCCUCCCUGACAUGAAGGCUCUUCAGGCACCUGUGUGUCUGCCUCCAGCCAGGUGAUGGCUGUCCCUGCCCUGCCCCUGCCCGAGCCCCAGGAGUUGUUUUCAAUGGAGCUCAGGCAAGUCCUAGGCAUUCCCUGCCUGCAUUCACUGAGUUCCUUCAUUUGACAGCUGCUUCUGAAAGCACUGUCCGUACCAAUGAGAGCACUUCAUCAAGGUGGGGAUUUUUUUUUUCCUUCUAAAACCUAAAAAAGCUCCUAAUCACUGUAAAUACAAGUUGUCAAUGGGUAGGCACUCAGGAAAUAGAGGAGACCUCUUCAACAUGAAGGAACAGCCUUUCUUCACCACCUCCCAAGUCAGCGCUGCUAACCACCAACCAAGUAUUUUAUUAAUUUGUUUAGGGAAUGUAUCAAUAAGAGAGGCCAAAUGUUUGGGCAAAAUAAAUGGCCAAAAGGUGAAUGCCAAGGAGCCUUUUGGUCUGGCAAUGGGGCAUUUACCAAAAAGAGAAGCCCUGGGCUCCUUUAUUGAUAAGUCCAAAGUUUUGUGGUGCUUCAAGAUCCCCAUCAAAACCAAUAAUGGUUUCAGUGCAAUAACCAACACAAUGACAUUGUAGGGUGUAAAUUAUAAUUUCUGUUUUGUUUUCUUGCAGUGUCUGCAGUUGUGAAGGAAGCACUUCAGCACUUUUUCAGUGCUGUCUUCCUGCUCUUUCCAGAUGAUUAAUAUUAGCAAUUCACUGUGAUGUAGCAUAAGGAUAAAGCUAUGACUUGUAGCAUUAGCCAUUAGAUUAACCAUAAAGGUAUGUCUUUAUUGUAAAUACCAAUUAAUCUAUUUCUGUAGCUCUUUUUGUUAGUGUAAGAGGGUAGAAAGCAUCAGGGGUUUUAUUCCUGUUCUGUUCUCUUAAAUUUCUGUGAGGCAAAGAGUUGUUUUGCCUGUGUAAGCAAAAUCCUGUAAUUUUGGAAGAUGCUUGUUGCUCUCUUUACUAAAAAGCUGUAUGUUGCUUUUCUGCAGUACUUUUUCAUUUUUAAACUUGCUUCUGCCAGUUUGUUUACAUACAUUCAGUGCAUUUUUAAAUUUUGAAGCCUUCAUUGUUUGAAGGAAUUGCUCUGUAAUUGCUUUGUUACAAAAUAUAUGAAGCUGCACUCUGCAGUUAAAAUGUUUGCUAUGUGUUGUCAUGUUUGGAAAGUAUUUAUUUCAGUGCUGAUUCUACUGAGUUAAAAUGCAAGGUUGUAUUAUAUAGUUGAAUCAGAGUAAAAUUACCCUGUAUCGUAGCAGAUGUGUUUAAAGGACCGUGGAAUGUUGUUAUAAAACUUCACUGCUUUUUAAGUUGACUGCAAUAAAUGGAUCACAAGUACCAUCA